UUUCCUCUCUCACUCUGCCUGGCUCAAUUGCCGAUCGAUAAAGCCAGCAUUCAAACUGUAGACCAGACUCUUCUCCGUCAUCAGCCGGUUUUUAGGGAUUCAAAGGGAAAUAUGUUGAACGGCAGACACAAGAGCGCGCCAGCAGAGAUCCUCGCACUUGAUGCCCCUCUCAGCAGAGAUGGUUGAGCCCUCGUCCAGGUUGCUGUGGUCCUAUCCUAAAAUUCAGUCUUGCUCACUUCUCUCCUAUCAGCUGACGAAGCGCGGCGGGCGGCUCUGCCUGUUUCUCCUCUGAGAAGGGAAUCUACUUAAACCCCCACAGAAAGCGAAAACUGGCCAUAGGUUACAUGUUUUAGUUGUGAACAUGAAGGGGAUUUACAGAGACGGAUACUACGACGGAUCUAUUGAACUACGGGACGUUUUCAACAGGAGAUGCGUUAAAUGUGGCAGACGGGACUUUGUUCAAGCCAAAACGAUGAGGAUUAGAACGGGGAUUGUUUUUUGGAACCUCGUCUUCUCACUGAUGUUCACUUGUGUGAAAGGUUUUAUCCAUUCUUGUGGAGGCACUUUAAAAGGCAGGAAUGGGACAAUAGAAAGUCCUGGCUUUCCAUAUGGAUAUCCAAAUGGAGCGAACUGUACCUGGGUGAUUGUUGCUGAGGAGGGGAACAGGAUUCAUAUAGUUUUUCAAUCUUUCGCUGUGGAGGAGGAAUAUGACUUUUUAUCUUUGUAUGACGGGCAUCCACACCCGGCUAACUUCAGAACGAGGUUAACAGGAUUUACCAUCCCUCCACCUGUUACCAGUUCUGGCUCUAUUUUUUCCCUGAGGCUUACCAGUGACUUUGCAGUAAGCGCUCAUGGAUUUAAGGUAGCUUAUGAAGAGCUGAGAAGCAGCUCGUGUGGAAACCCAGGAGUUCCACCCAAAGGCAUACUGAAUGGAACUCAGUUCAAUGUAGGUGACAAGAUCCGUUACCGAUGUGUCACAGGUUAUGUCCUUGAUGGGCAUUCGCUCCUCACCUGUGUCACCAAUGCAGCUGGCGUGUCAGUGUGGGACUUCCCGGUGCCAAUCUGCAGAGCGGAGGACACAUGCGGUGGCACCCUGAGGGGCUCCAGCGGGCUCAUCUCCAGCUUCGAUUUCCCCAGUGGUGAGUCCCCCAGUGCUGGCGGAAGCGGAGGUGCUGGGGGCCUGGGCAGCAGCGGGGAGUGCAAGUGGACCAUCCUGGCAGAUCCGGGAGACACUAUUUCUCUAGUGUUUACUGAAUUUCAAAUGGAGGAGAAGUCAGAUUAUCUGGAAAUCGAGGGAUCUGAACUGCCGACCAUCUGGCUAACUGGAAUGAAUAUUCCAGCACCCAUCAUUAGCAACAAAAACUGGUUACGACUGCAUUUUGUGACGGAGAGCAACCACCGCCACAAAGGCUUCAGGGCUCAGUAUCAAGUGAAAAGCUCUGGAGAGCUUAAAUCCAGAGGGGUAAAAUUAUUACCAGGAAAGGACAACACUAACAAACUGUCUUUGAUGAAUGAAGGAGGAAUCAAACAGGUGUCUAAUUACUGCCCUGACCCAGGGGAGCCGGAAAACGGCAAACGGAUAGGCUCCGAUUUCAGCAUCGGAGCAACUGCUCAAUUUACCUGCGAUGAAGACCAUGUGCUGCAGGGUUCCAAAACGAUUACCUGCCAGCGCGUUGCCGAAGUUUUCGCUGCUUGGAGCGACCACAGACCCGUCUGCAAGGUGAAAACCUGCGGGUCGAAUCUACAGGGACCGUCGGGGACGUUUACAUCCCCUAACUUUCCUAUCCAAUAUGAGAGUAACUCGCAGUGUGUGUGGAUCAUCACUGCCAGUGAUCCGAACAAGGUCAUUCAGAUCAACUUUGAAGAAUUCGACCUAGAAAUUGGGUAUGACUCCCUAACUAUUGGAGAUGGAGGGGAAGUAGGUGACUCUAAAACGAUCAUUCAAGUGCUCACUGGGAGCUUUGUCCCAGACCUAAUUGUCAGCAUGUCCCAUCAGAUGUGGCUUCACCUCCAGUCUGAUGAGAGUGUUGGCUCAAUUGGAUUCAAGAUCAACUACAAAGAAAUUGACAAAGAGAGUUGUGGCGACCCCGGUACACCUCUGUAUGGCUAUCAAGAGGGAACUGGUUUUUUAAAUGGAGAUGUUUUACGCUUUGAAUGCCAAUUUGGAUUUGAGCUCAUUGGGGAAAGGAUGAUAACCUGCCAGAACAACAAUCAGUGGUCAGCUAAUAUCCCCAUCUGCAUAUUUCCCUGUUUCUCUAACUUCACUGCGCCCAUGGGGACGGUGUUGUCUCCAGACUAUCCAGAAGGCUACGGGAACAACCUUAACUGUGUUUGGCUGAUUAUCUCUGAGCCUGGCUCCAGGAUCCAUUUGGCCUUCAAUGACUUUGAUUUGGAGCCUCCUUACGACUUUCUUACUAUCAAAGAUGGGGAUCAGUCAGGAGCCACAAUACUGGGACGCUUCUCGGGGGCUGAAGUUCCUUCCCAUCUGACAUCCAAUAGCAACGUUUUGCAGCUCGAGUUUCAGGCCGAUCACUCGAUGUCUGGGCGAGGGUUCAACAUUACCUAUAGCACUUUUGGGCAUAAUGAGUGCCCUGACCCUGGCAUACCGUUGAACGCUAGGCGCUUUGGGGACAGUUUCCAGCUGGGGAGCUCCAUCUCUGUUGUUUGUGAGGAUGGCUUUAUCAAGACACAGGGAGCUGACACCAUCACAUGCCAUCUGGAAGAAGGCAAGGUGAUGUGGAGUGGACUCAUUCCCAAAUGUGAAGCUUGGUUUCAAACUGAGCUCAGUUAUGACUUCCUGGAGGUUCACGAUGGUCCCAAUCUGCUCUCUCCUCUGAUUGGCUCUUUUAAUGGAACCCAGGUCCCUCAGUUCCUGUUCAGCAGUAGUAACUUCCUGUAUCUGCUCUUUACCACCGAUAACAGUCGAUCAAACAGUGGCUUCAAGAUCUUCUAUGAAGUGGUCACAUUGGACACAUACUCCUGUAUGGAUCCUGGUAUCCCAGUGAAUGGCUUGCGGUUAAGCCACGACCUGUCCAUCGGCUCAACUGUGACCUUCCAGUGUGACCCAGGAUAUAGACUGAGCCACGAGGAGCCUCUAGUUUGCGAGAAGAACCACUUUUGGAGCCACCCACUGCCCACUUGUGAUGCAUCAUGUGGUGGUGAUAUCAGGGGACCUGGAGGGAUCAUCUUAUCACCUGGCUACCCUGAGCUGUAUCCUAACUCUCUAAAUUGCACAUGGACUGUAGAAGUCAGCCAUGGAAAAGGUGUCCAAUUCACUUUUCACUCCUUCCACCUGGAGGAUCACCAUGACUACCUUCUGAUAACAGAAAACGGCAGCUUCGCUCAGCCACUCGCUCGCCUGACUGGCUCUGAGAGGCCUGCACCAAUUAAUGCUGGUCUGUAUGGGAACUUCAAGGCCCAGCUACGCUUUAUUUCUGACUUCUCCAUAUCGCUGCAGGGAUUCAACAUUUCGUUCUCAGAGUAUGAUCUUGAACCUUGCGAGGACCCUGGAACGCCUCGGUACGGCUGGCACACGGGCUCCAAGUUUGGCAUUGGCGACUCUUUGUCGUUCUACUGCAAUACGGGCUAUCGUCUGCAGGGGGCGAGGGAGAUCGUGUGCCUGGGAGGUGGGCGCCGCAUGUGGAGUGCCCCUCUGCCAAGGUGUGUGGCUGAGUGCGGUUCAACAGUCUCCAACAAUGAGGGAGUUCUUUUGUCCCCCAACUAUCCAAUGAACUAUGACAACAGCCACGAGUGCGUGUACAGCAUUCAGGUCCAAACAGGAAAAGGCAUCAACAUCACUGCCAGCACCUUUGAGCUUGCUCAAGGUGAUGUUCUCAAGCUGUAUGACGGUAAAGAUGGGGCAGCGCCACUGCUUGGCACAUACACGAGCACGCUGAUGCAAGGUCUGUCCCUUACCAGCACUUCCAACUAUCUGUGGCUUGAGUUCUUCUCUGACCACGAGAAGACGGCUGCAGGUUUCCGGCUCAUAUACCACAGUUUUGAGCUGUCCCACUGUGACGAUCCAGGUGUGCCACAGUUUGGCUUCAAAAUCAGUGACCAGGGUCACUUUGCUGGAGGUGCCAUCACGUUUGGCUGUGACCAAGGUUACACUCUGCACGGCUUUGGCAUGCUAAAGUGCAUGACUGGUGAAAGAAGAGCGUGGGACAACCCUCUUCCUUCAUGUAUAGCGGAGUGUGGUGGCAGUUUUAAGGGUGAGUCUACUGGGCGUAUCCUUUCUCCUGGCUAUCCCUUCCCCUAUGACAACAACCUGAGAUGUACCUGGACAAUUGAGGUCAAUUCUGGCAACAUCGUCAGCCUCCAGUUUCUUGCAUUCGACACAGAGGCAUCCCAUGACAUCCUGAAGGUUUGGGAUGGGCCUCCUGAGAAUGAAAUGUCUCUGAAGGAAGUUAGUGGCUCACUGCUGCCUGAAGGAAUCCACUCGACUCUCAACAUCGUCACCAUUCAGUUUGAGACUGAUUUUUACAUCACCAAGUCUGGCUUUGCCAUUGACUUCUCAAGUUCGCUUGCAACAGCCUGCAGAGAUCCAGGUAUUCCCAUGAAUGGCAGUCGCAACGGAGAAGGGCGGGAGCCGGGUGACUCUGUGACCUUCUCCUGUGAUCCGGGAUAUGAAUUGCAGGGAGAGAGCAGAAUCACCUGCAUCCAAGUGGAAAAUAGAUACUACUGGCAACCCAGCCCUCCAAGCUGCAUUGCUCCUUGUGGUGGGAAUGUGACAGGGUCUUCGGGAUUCAUCCUUUCUCCCAACUACCCCCAUCCCUACCCACACAGCAAAGACUGUGACUGGCUUAUCGCAGUUCACUCUGACUAUGUCAUCUCCCUGGCUUUCAUCAGCUUCAGUAUUGAGCCAAACUAUGAUUUCUUGUACAUCUACGAUGGGCCAGACAGCAGCGCCCAUCUGAUUGGCAGCUUCCAAGACAGUAAACUUCCUGAGAAGAUUGAGAGCACUUCCAACUUCAUGUACUUGGCAUUUCGUAGCGACGGCUCUGUGAGCUACACUGGCUUUCAUUUGGAAUACAAAGCUAAACUGCGGGAGGCGUGUUUUGAUCCCGGGAAUGUGAUGAAUGGCACUAGAAUGGGUACUGACUACAAGCUGGGAUCUAUGGUGACAUUUCAUUGCGAGGCUGGCUACCUGCUGCAGGGUUACUCGACACUGACGUGUGUCAUGGGCAACAGUAAGAGACCCGAGUGGGACAGAGCUAAACCAAGUUGUCAAGCUCCCUGCGGAGGUCACUUCACAGGUUCAGAGGGAACUGUGCUGUCCCCAAACUACCCGCAUAAUUACACCAUAGGGCAGACCUGUGUCUAUGACAUCUUUGUCCCUGGGGACUUUGUUCUCUUUGGUCAGUUUGUGGUAUUCCAGACUUUGACCAGCGAUGUGGUCGAGAUCUAUGAUGGUUCUUCAACAGAUUCAGCCCUUCUCUCUUCCAUAUAUGGAUCACACUCAGGUGAGACCCUACCUUUGAGUUCAGGAAACAAGAUCAUGCUAAAGUUUACCACAAAUGGAACAGAAACAGCCAAAGGAUUUCAUUUUGUUUACCAAGCUGUCCCUCGGACAAGCGCCACUCAGUGUAGCUCAGUCCCUGAGCCCCGCUUUGGGAAGCGGAUAGGGAAUGACUUUGGCAUUGGUAUGGCAGUACUGUUUGAAUGCAGUCCAGGCUACACGCUGCACGGCUCCAAUGCCAUCAGGUGCGAGGCUGUGCCCAAUGCCCUGGCCCAGUGGAACGGCACUGUGCCCACAUGUGUUGUUCCCUGUGGUGGAGUCUUAACUGAACGCAAGGGUACUAUCCUCUCUCCCGGAUAUCCAGAUCCAUAUGCCAACUAUUUGAACUGUGCCUGGAAAAUCUCUGUUCCUGAGGGAGCCGGCAUCCAGAUUCAGGUCGUGACCUUUGCCACAGAACACAACUGGGAUUCGCUGGAUUUUUUUGAUGGCGUUGAUGGUAACGCCCCAAGGCUUGGUAGCUACUCAGGUACAACAAUUCCCCAACUGCUGAACAGCACAUCCAACAACCUGUACCUGACCUUCCAGUCUGACAUCAGUGUAUCUGCCGCCGGCUUCCACUUGGAGUACACAGCAAUAGGUUUGGAUUCGUGUCCAGAGCCGCUGCCUCCCAGUAAUGGCCGAAAAGUUGGAGAUCGUUACACUGUGGGUGACAUGGUUUCCUUCCAAUGUGAUCAAGGCUUUUCACUACAGGGUAAUGCAUAUAUUACCUGCAUGCCUGGUCCUGUCAGAAGAUGGAAUUACCCCGUACCUCUGUGCUUAGCUCAGUGUGGCGGCUCCAUGACAGACUUCAGCGGCGUCAUCCUCAGCCCAGGCUUUCCAGGGAAUUACCAAAGCAGCCUGGACUGCAGCUGGAGUGUUCAACUCCCUAUUGGCUUCGGGAUCCAUCUCCAGUUUCUGAACUUCUCCACAGAGCCUGUUCAUGACUAUUUGGAGAUCCGCAGUGGGAGCCUUGAGACAGGAACAGUGAUUGAUCGGUUCAGUGGCCCCACGCUGCCCAAUCCUCUCUUCAGCACCACCCAUGAGACUACUCUGUUCUUCCAUAGCGACUACUCCCAGAACAAGCCCGGCUUCCAAAUUGUCUACCAGGCAUAUGAGCUACAGAGGUGCCCAGACCCACGGCCGUUUCGUAACGGCAUAGUGAUCGGACAGGACUACAGCGUGGGGAUGACCAUUUCCUUUGAGUGCCUGCCAGGUUACACUCUUCUUGGAGAACAGUCGCUCACAUGUCUGCAUGGAAUCAGCAGAAACUGGAACCACCCCAUCCCCCGCUGUGAAGCUCUGUGUGGUGGGAAUAUAACAUCCAUGAAUGGCACAAUUUACUCUCCUGGACACCCAGCCGAGUAUCCACACUUCCAGGACUGCAUGUGGACCGUCAGAGUACCCCCUGGGUACGGCAUCUACAUAAAUUUCUCCGUUAUCAAUACCGAGCCAAUCUACGACUACAUCACUGUGUGGGACGGACCUGACCAGAGCUCGCCCCAAAUCGGUCAGUUUAGUGGCAGCUCUGUACAGGAGGGCGUGUCCACCACUGCCAAUCAGGUCCUCAUCAAGUUCCACAGCGACUUCAGCACCAGCGGCUUCUUUGAGCUACAUUAUUUCGCGUACCAGCUGAGAACAUGUCAGCCACCCCCUCCUGUUGCCAACGCUACGAUUUUAACAGAAGAUGAUGAGUUUGAAAUAGGGGACAUUAUUCGGUACACGUGCCAGCCAGGCUUCACCUUGGUGGGCAGUGAGAUUCUGACCUGCCGACUUGGAGAAAGGCUACAGAUGGAUGGACCUCCACCAGUCUGUCAAGUCCAAUGCCCGGCCCACGAGGUCCGUUUUGACUCAACAGGAGUAAUCUUAAGCCCGGGCUAUCCUGAUAACUACCCCAAUCUUCAGAUGUGCUCCUGGCUGAUCAACGUGGAGAAGGGCUACAACAUCACUUUGCACUUUGAACUCUUCCAGACAGAAAAAGAGUUUGACAUCUUGGAAAUUUUUGAUGGUCCCAACAUCUACAGUCAGAGCCUCUCAUCACUCAGUGGUGAUAUUGAAACACCCUUCAGCCUGAACACCACAGGCCACCAGCUCCUCCUGCGUUGGUCCUCCGACCAUGGCACCAACCGCCGCGGCUUCCACAUCAGAUAUGUGGCCAUGUACUGCAGUACUCCAGACUCUCCACAACAUGGCUUUGUAGUGAGCCAGACCGGGGGUCAUCUAAACAGCGUGGUGCGCUGGGCCUGCGACAGGGGGUACAAGCUCAUUGGAAAGGGCACAGCUGUGUGCAAGAAGACCACCUAUGGCUACUACGCCUGGGACGCGCCAGUUCCUGCAUGUCAAGCUGUGUCAUGCGGUGUGCCCAAUGCGCCAGCGAACGGAGGUGUGCUCACUGCUGAUUACUCCGUCGGCACACGGGCGACCUACUUCUGUAACGGCGGUUACCGGCUCUCCAAAGAGCUGACGACCACAGUCUGCCAGCCAGACGGCACCUGGAGCAAUCACAACAAGAUACCCCGAUGCUUUGUGAUGCCGUGCCCCAGUCUUAGCCCGUUUUCCCUCGAUCACGGGAAAUGGAGGAUUGUCAAUGGCUCGCACUAUGAGUAUGGGACGAAAAUAAUCUUCACCUGCAACCCUGGAUACUAUCGUGUGGGCCCCGCCCACAUCCAGUGCCUCGCAAACGGAGUGUGGAGCUGGAGGAACGAGAGGCCUCGGUGUAGAAUCAUUUCCUGUGGCGAUCUUCCCACUCCUCCUAAUGGGAAGAAAAUUGGGACCCAAACUACCUUCGGAGCAUCAGCCAUUUUCAGCUGUAACCCUGGCUAUGUUUUAACUGGAUCUACAGUUAGAGAGUGUCUCCUGUCUGGCCUUUGGAGUGGAAUGGAGACUCAGUGCCUGGCCGGUCAUUGUGGCGUUCCAGAGCAGAUUGUGAAUGGACAGGUGAUUGGAGAAAACUAUGGUUACAGAGACACGGUGGUUUACCAGUGCAACCCUGGAUUUAGGCUCAUUGGCUCCUCAGUACGAAUCUGUCAGCAAGACCACAGCUGGUCUGGACAUCUGCCAGUGUGUAUCCCUGUCACAUGCGGCCACCCUGGUAGCCCUAUCUAUGGCCGCACCACAGGCGAUGGCUUCAACUACAAUGAUGUGGUGCACUUCUCCUGCAACAAAGGUUACACCUUGGAAGGACCCUCCACAGCUCAGUGCCAGGCCAACCGUCAGUGGAGCCACCAGCCGCCAACUUGCAGGGUGGUUAACUGCACGGAUCCAGGUAUUCCUGCCAACUCGAUCCGGGAAAGUAAGAUUGAGCACGGUAACUUCACAUUCGGCAGCGUCGUCUUCUACGAUUGCAACCCUGGAUAUUACCUCUUCGGCUCCUCGGUGCUCACCUGCCAGCCGGUGGGCCAGUGGGACAAACCAUUACCGGAAUGCAUUGAAGUGGACUGUGGUCAUCCAGGUAUACCUCCGCACGCAGUCAUGAGUGGGGAGAAGUUUACAUUUGGAUCCACAGUGCGCUACUCAUGCCUCGGAGACCACCAGCUAAUAGGAGACUCAUCACUCACCUGUCAACUGAAUGGACACUGGAGUGGUCCACUGCCCCACUGCUCAGGUGACUCGACGGGCACCUGUGGGGAUCCAGGCACACCUGCCCAUGCCAGCAGGGAGGCAGGGAACUUCAAAGUGCGCAGCAAAGUGCGCUUUACCUGCGCAGUGGGACAUACACUGUAUGGCUCAGCAGAGAGGAUCUGCUUCCCCAAUGGGACCUGGUCUGGCAAACAGCCGUUCUGCAAACCGGUACAGUGCGGGAAUCCAGGUACCCCGGCUCACGGUCGUAUUUCCCGUUUGGAUGGCACAACCUUCUCCCAUUCUAUCGUGUAUUCGUGUAUGGAAGGAUAUUUCCUCACUGGUUCGCCUACACGCCAGUGUUUGGCAAAUGGCACAUGGUCUGGCACAGCUCCAAACUGCACAAUGAUCACCUGUGGCGAUCCCGGUAUCCCAGCAAAUGGACUCAGGUUUGGCGACGACACCACAGUGGGCCAGAAUGUGACGUUCAUGUGCCAACUGGGGUAUGUGAUGGUGGGAGGGGACAACUCUUUCACCAGGACCUGCACCAGCAAUGGGACGUGGAGUGGAACCAUGCCAGCAUGUCAAGUGGUCACCUGUCCUACACCCCCAUCCAUCCCCAACGGCCUCCUUGAGGGCUCAGUCCUGGAGUGGGGGACCAGCGUGAGUUACACCUGUUUACCCGGCUAUGAGCUGUCUUUUCCUGCUGUGCUAACCUGCACAGGGAACGGGACAUGGAGCGGAGACUUGCCUCAGUGCUUGCCCAAGUUCUGCGGUGAUCCUGGGACGCCUCCCAAAGGAAGGCGAGAAGGACGCAGUUUCAUCUUCAAGUCAGAGGUCACGUUUAGCUGCAGUGCCCCCUACGUGCUGGUCGGGUCAACAACUCGCAUGUGCCAGGAAGACGGGACCUGGAGCGGAUCUCAGCCCCGAUGUAUAGAGCCCACGAGAACCACGUGUGAAAACCCGGGGACACCUGAGCAUGGCUUCAUGAAUUACUCAACAGGCUUUAAGGUGGGCAGCAGAGUCGACUUCCAGUGCCAGCAGGGACACAUACUGCAGGGCUCCACCACAAGGCUCUGUUUGCCAGAUCUCACCUGGACUGGCACCCAGCCAGCCUGCAUCUCUCACUCCUGCAAGCAGCCACGGAGCCCAGCCAACGCUGACGUCAUGGGUCUAGACCUGCCUUCGUACGGCUACACCCUGGUGUACACCUGUCAGCCAGGUUAUUUCCUCUCCGGAGGUUCAGAGCACCGUGUCUGCCGCUCCGACGGCAGCUGGACUGGCAAGGUGCCCGUGUGCAGAGCCGGUUCCAAAUCGCAUGAGAAAACUGUCAAACAUAUACUGGGAACACCAAGCCCUAAAAUAAACGUUCCCGAUGACGUCUUUGCACCUGAUUUCAUCUGGAAGGGUUCAUAUGAUUACAAGGGCCAAAAGCAGCCAAUGACUUUAACAGUCGCCAGCUUUAAUGCCACAACGGGAAAAGUCAAUGUAACUUUAAGAGACAGUAGCAUGGAGUUUCUGCUCUCUGGAGUCUACAAACGCCAGGAGGCACGGCUAAUGCUCCUGCUGUACCAGAUGAGAGCAGUGGCCCACAGCUCCUUGAGCAGGAUUACUGAUGAGACCUGGGCAAUGGACGGAUUUGUUUCAGCUGAGCCUGAGGGCGGUAGCUAUGUGUUCCAAGGCUUCAUACAGAGUAAAGACUACGGACAGUUUGGGCUACAGCGACUUGGUUUGAGCGUGAGAGAGAACGUUACGCUCACCGACCCUGAAACCAACGGCUCCACCAACAGCAGUUCUGUCGCUGUCGCCAUCCUCGUGCCUUUCUUUGCUCUCAUCUUUGCAGGCCUCGGUUUCUAUCUCUACAAGCAGCGGAAAACAGAUAAAGCGCAGUACACAGGAUGCUCUGUCCACGAGAACAACAAUGGACAGGCCACUUUUGAGAAUCCCAUGUAUAACACGAACACGAAAGCUGCUGAGGGGAAAGUUGUCCGCUUUGACCCCAAUCUCAACACCAUCUGCACCAUGGUUUGAUGUCUAUUGAGUAUCAGAAAAAGGACCGGAGAAAACGACCUCUCCGGGUUUGUUUCACGUGACUAUAUAUAGACAUAUUUAUAUAUUUCCCAGUUUCUAAAGUCACCGAAUUGCUCAGAAACAUAAAGCACACUUUCAGCAACACUUUAAGGUGGUUGCGAUCGAUCGUAUACACAAAGUAAAAGAUGAAAGAGUGAGGACGAGUAGGUACCGCACCUAUUCGGAUUUUCCCCUAGUCUGGUGAAGAGAAGUGUUUUUUUGCACUCUGUGAGUGUUGGCUUUAUAAGUAAAAGAGCCUGCGGCAUAUAGAUAAAAUAGAGUAUUUUAUACUCUGUAGUAUAAAUAUAGAGGGGUUAUUUCGUAAUACCAAAUGAAAAAUUUAAUGUUUUCUGUUACAACAAAAAAGAAAAAGAAAAAACUAAACAAAAAAACAAAACAGCCCCGAUCUACGCUGUAGUCUUAGUCUUACAUCAUUCUGAUGAGAAUUAUUUUUCUGUCAUGGAGGUGAGGAGCCUCUCAACUGUGAGUUGAUCAAUCUAAUCUGUUUUCUGUUUUCCAAGCAGCGGGGUGUGUAAGCGCAGAUGAAGUGGUAGAAGAGAAACAGGCUCUCUUUGAAUAGCGUCGAUGCUGAAGUCUGUUCAAAGUUAUAUGGUCAAUUAUACCUCUUAAUUGGGUGGUACCUCCUACUGAGGAAAUGUAUGGCCAGGGAUUUAAUUACUGAGGUGCAGCACACUUUUCCGAGUGCCACUGGCAAGGCUUAGGCUUCUGACGACAACAGGGUGCAUUUUCUUCACCAGAGAUAUAUUUAGCAUUAGUAUUUAUUGAUGUUUGCAAUGAAUUUGUUUUUGACUGAUAUGUUCGCACAGUUUGACAAGGCCAACCGUUCUGUACUUGUCAGUGAAUUGGUGAUUUUGGGACUUAUUAAACUGGUAGCUAGGUUUUCCACUGAUGGUUUUUGCCUCUCAGAAAAACUUUGUGCCCCAAAUGAGCCAAAUCUGGAGUGAAGCAACCCCCGGCCUUGAGCCUGUAUAUAUCAAGAAUUUCAAAGUAGGAGUUGCUUGCCUAAUUAGUUCAGGUUUUCUUAAAAAACAAGGUCAAGAAUAACUACACUGCACAGAACAUACAACUGGCCAGGUUUCCCAGAAGUUCAUUUAAGCCUGGAAGUCAGUAAAUUCCGCAAUGAUAUGUGAGUGGGCAGCCUGAGCCUUUUAUUAUGUUAAUCAAUAUUUUGACAGCCUUAUGUUAGAGUAACUCUUAAAAACAAAAUAAGCGCAACUACCCCAUCAUCUCUAAUUUUCAGAGCGGUGUGUGUUCUACAAUUCUUUUGGGAAACCGUGCCUUAGUCAGUAUAUUCUUUAUUCAUACUCCUACUCUAAGACACUUGAUGAAUACACGGCCUUGGCCUGUUUUAUUAACACUGAAACAAUUUUUUUUGAAACCAUCAGCUUCUGCCAACAAAUGUACAGUAUACACAAGAAUUUGCACACUUAAACAUGAACCACCAUUCAUUUUAAACUCCCAUCCAAGACCAGUUAUGUUUUAAAUAUUUUUAAAAAAAGUAUAGAAUUUGACACUGUCAUCACAUUUCUACAUCAUUGCAGUGCCUUGAAUACUGUAUGGGCAUGUGUUUUUUAAGAAAGACAUUACAUAUAUUGUAUUAGUAAAACUGCACACUGGUGUAAUUUAUCUGCACAGUUUGCAAUGAUUUAGCAGAGUGAUGUCAGAGGGUUUAUCUGUGACGAGGCAUCAAAAAGCAGCUCAUAGUUUCAUAACUGUGCAUGUUGGCAAAAAGUGAUCCAGUAUAGCAAUUGCUGCUAUAGUACUUUGUACCACUACGUUGACUCCUGUCAUUGCUAUUCCAUUUUGUACAUUUAUACAGUUUUGAUACUUGAUGGCAUUCUUUGGCAAGAUGUCUUGUGUUAUCGAUAUGUACUAUAUUUUGCAAGUUUCACAUUUCUUAUGGAUGAAAAAAAAAAGAAAUGCAUCUGGUCAAAACAGUAUACGGUCAGUCUUACACCCAGAGACUCCGGAGUAGAGUAGAAUGCUUUUAAAUGUACCACACAGUUGUUAUCCCGUUCAAAAACCUGUGAAUAAGAACAUGUACAUAUAACAAAACUUUUGUAAAGAGAUAUAUUUUUUAUGCAAUUAAAGCAUUUGUAAGUUAUUGAAUAUGUUGUGUAAAAUUUCACAUGUAAAUGUCAUGUAAGAUCAAAAAAAUUUGUAUUUUUUCUUUAU